CAGAGAGCAGUGCUGACAUGGCUGCCGUCGUGUUGGCAGGAAAGAAACAGCUGUACACACUGACAUAAAAACAAUAACACCGGCGAUUGAAAACCUGUCGCUUUAUAGUUGAAAUUUUUAACAUUUCUAUUGGACUCCCUGGUCCUGUCAGUGUUUUUUUUUUUGUUUUUUUUUCGAGAAACUAGCUGCUCCUUUACCCGGUCGGUCAAGUGUAAAAAGCCUCGGUUUUCUUGCUGGAAUUAACCGAAAAUCGCAAACUCCAAGCCGCCUGGGUAACACGGUGUAAUACCCGGGUUAAAAUCAUAUCAGGUUCUUCAACAAGGCACAGUCGAAUUGUUUGUCUGGAUAGUGUGUGCUUUUUGUUUAAUUUGUAGUAAAUGCUGUUGAAGUUUUAUAUUUAAAGUACAUUGAUGUGUAAAUAAAAGCAUUUAUGAGGUCAACACCCGGUUAUUUAUAAGUCGUGGUCUCGACUCUCCUGUUAAAAAAAUGGCUUCUUGGCUUGGUGGGAUCGGUACGGGGCUUGGACAGUCGCUGGGUCAGGUCGGUGGGAGUCUGUCAUCGUUUACAGGCCAGAUCUCUAGCUUUACCAAAGACAUUCUCCUGGAGGGUACAGAAGAAGUUGGGGAUGCUGCAACUGAACUGCAGCAUAAAGAGCUAGAAGCAGCCUACAUCACACAGAAAUCAGAGUAUGAACGAUUGAAAAAAAUCCACAUGGAGCUAGAGGAGAAGCAUGAAGCCGCAGAGAUCCAGAUAAAACAACAGUCUUCUGAGUACAGGGGUCAAUUACAGCAGAAAGAGGUGGAGAUAAGCCACCUGAAAGCCAGGCAGAAUGCCCUGCAGGAUCAGCUGCACAAACUGCAGACAGUUGCACAGUCUGCUCAGGGUGAUGCUGCCAUAUUAUGUGCCACCUCCACGCCCGCCACCUUUCUUUCUAGUGAUAGACCUCAUCCAAGCUUUCAGGAUGAUGAUAUGGACUUUGGAGAUGUGAUCUGGUCUCAGCAGGAGAUCAACCGCCUGUCCAAUGAGGUGUCCAAACUACAGGCAGAAGUUGCUCACUGGAGGACUCUGUCACAGACCUCUAAAAUUCAAGGGCCAGUCAGUACUGACCAAGGUGAGAUCUACAAGCUGCAAAAAACUAUUAAGGAGUUAAAAGAAACUAUGAGCCAGGAAAUUGAUGAACACCAGCAUGAGCUCUCAGCAUUGCAAGAUGCACACAGGCAUAAACUGUCAGAGAUUACGUGCCGGCAUCGAGAGGAACUUGCCGAGUAUGAAGAGAGAAUUGAAGAGUUGGAGGAGCAGUUACAGCCAGGUGGUUCCAGCGCAGGUACCCCAGAACAUUUCAAAGCCUCAGAGCAGCAGCAGACAAUUCUAGCUAUGGAGAUUGAAUUGACUUCCAGAAAACAGCGCACAGAAGAACUGGAGCACAAGAUAAAAGAGAUUACUGAAAGCCUCAUCGCUGCUGAGCAGGAGCGUGUCGUCUUGCUUCAAGAAAAGGAAAAUGCUCAGGCUGAGACAGAUACAUUAAUGCAGACUUAUAAAAGACUGCAGAACACUGUAGAUGAGCUUCAGACCAGAGUGGAUGAUCAAACAGAAAAAUCUAUGCAAAAAUCACUUCUGGAAAAUGAGAUUAACGGCUUGAAAAAAGCAUUAGUAGCUGCAGAAAAGGAAAUAGCAAGGCUGGAAAAUCUAAAUCGGUCCAAAGCUGAAGUAGAACAUGCAGACAUUUUAGAAUUGAAUACAAUAAUUAAGACCUUGAAGGAAGAAAAAGAACAGCUAGAGAAAGAAAAGACAAUUCUGCAGGAACGUCUUGAAAACAUAAAACCUCAGCAAACGGUUGAGGACAAUACUGGAAUUAAUGAAGAACUUAGAGCAGAGUUAUUGGAAGUGAAAGAACUGAGUGAAAAACUGCAAGAAAAAGAAAGACUGUUGGCAGACUGCACCAUGGAAAGGGACACACUGAUGGCAGAAGUAGAAGAAUUAGACAAACAGAACCAAGAGGCAACUCAGCACCUGAUUUCAGUCAAGGAUCAGCUGUUGCAACAACGUAGAGAGGCAGAUGUUACCAUAGAUCGAUUACAAUCGGAAAUGGAGAGCACUAGAAAGGAUCUGGUCAAACUUGAGUCACAACACAAGACAAUGCAAAUGGAGGUAGAGUCACAGCGUGAACAACUGAGCCAGAGUGCAUUCACCCUGAAUGAUAUGCACAUGAGUAAACAGCAAGUCCAGGAAACCAUGAAGGACCUCAAACAGCAACUGGGGAAAGCUGAAGAGCGCAGCACAGAUUUUAAGAAGGAGAACACUGAGCUGAAGGAGCAGCUGCAGAAAGCUGAAGAGGAGCUUUCUGCAGCCAAGCUGGAGUUAUCAAAGUCUGGUGACAGCACUUCAGACAGUGGGCAGCAGGAGCAGCUACUUGAACAAAAGGAAAGAGAAAUUUCUAAAUUGAGGCAAGAAAUUUCAGAAAGCAAAACCUUGCAUGAAAAAGUACUGGCUACAAAUUAUGAGCUCAAAAUGGAAGUAAAAAAGCUGCAAGUAGAUUGCAAGAAUGCUGAAGGGAGUCUAGAAAUUGUGACUCGGCAGCUUAGAGAUGCACAAUCUGUUAAAGAGAAGAUCACCAUGGAAAAAGACACUAGGCUGGAAGCUUUAAGAAUGGAAAAGGUACAAUUGGAAACUGAACUGAACCAGUCUGAAAAGAGGUUAAUGGAACAGGCCAAACAAUAUCGACAAACUAUUGAGGAGCUUACAAGGGCACGGAACAUGAAUGCCUCUGCCUUACAAACAGAGCAUGAGCGCCUGGUUAAAUUGAACCAGCAGAAGGACUUUGAGAUAUCUGAGCUAAAACAAAGCAUUGAGCAAAUGGAAGUUGACCACCAAGAAACUAAAGAGAUGCUGACGUCUAGCUUAUCUGGGCAGAAACAGCUGACAGAAUUAAUCAAAGAGAAGGAUGGGUUUAUGGAAAAGUUUAAAGAAAGGAUGACAGAAUCUCAAAACAAACUGGAGACGUGUACCAAGGCAACUAAAGAAUGUGAGGUCCUUAAGCAUGCCCUUGAAGAAAAAGAUAAGCAGCUUGGUGUGAUGAAAGAAGAAAACAGUCAUCUCAAAGAGGAAAUUGAUCGUCUGAAGGACCAGCAGAGUAGACCCCAACCCAUUGCUGAGCCCAAAACUCUGGAUAUAAUAACAGAACUAGAGACUGAGAUCGCACAACUCAAAACAAAAAAGGAUGGCUUAGAAGAUGAGAUAACGGCUCUAAAGAAGACAAUGAAGGAGCAAAAAGGAAGCUUUCAGGAUUCCUUGCAGGAACAAGAAAGGGAGCUGGAUCAGGCCAAAACCAUGACUUUUACAUAUGAGAAACUCAUCUUGGAGAAGGAUAAGGAGAUUGUUAGCCUUCAGGAGUCCAUAGAUCAGAUCAAGAUGCAGUUUCAGAUGGAAAUGCAAGUAAUCCACACUGAUUCAGUUAUUCUGCAGGAAGAUAAGAGUGAGUCGUUGAACCGUGAGAAUGGGAAUGAGAAACAUGAUUUGUCCAAAGUUGAGAUUGACAGACUUGUCAAUGGGAUGAAGGAAAAAGAAAUAGAGAUGAAUCUUCUUAAUGAGAAGAACUUGUUCUUGACCAAGCAAUUGGAUCAGCUGGUUGCCUCAAAAGAUGAAGUUGGUAAACUUGCUCAGAUCGUCCAGCAGAAGGACUUGGAGAUACAAGCUCUUCGUGCAAGGGUCACCUCUGGAACCUUCACUCAAGAUGGUAUCUAUCUGCAACAACAGAUACAAGCUUAUGCAGUGGAAAGAGAACAAGUAUUGGCAGUAUUGAAUGAGAAGACUAGAGAGAACAGUCAGCUGAAGUCUGAAUAUCAUAGACUCAUGGACAUUGUAGCUGCCAAAGAAACUGCCCUUCUGAAGCUCCAAGAAGAAAAUCAAAAGAUGUCUACCAUGAAUGAUAUUGGAAGCCAAGAUAUGGUGCGAGAGACGAUCCAAAAUCUUUCAAGAAUCAUCAGGGAAAAAGACAUUGAGAUAGAUGCCUUGACACAGAAAUGCCAAACCUUGUUGACAGUCCUUCAGACUUCCACUAGCGGUCAGGGCAGCGAAUCAAGCGGUGUGAGCAGUAAUCAGUUUGAAGAGCUUCUCCAGGAACGGAACAACUUAAAGCAGCAGGUGAAGAAGAUGGAGGAAUGGAAGCAGCAGGUUAUUACCACUGUCAGGAACAUGCAGCAUGAGUCGGCUCAGCUCCAGGAAGAGCUUAUCAAACUACAAAGCCAGGUCUCAUCUGAAAACGACUGCAACUCUAAACUGUCUGUCCAUUAUAACAGCUUGAUCCAGGGUUAUGAGCAGAAAGAGAAGAAGCUAGGUAGUCUAAGUCAGGAGCUUGCUCAGGUUCAGCAAAGUAUCAGUCAGCUUAGUAGCACCAAGGACUUCCUACUUGAAAAACUAGGCCUAGAUCUAGAGGUGCACAUUCCAGAAGUAAUAACUCCUUUAAUGACAGCUACUUUAUCCAAAGGUACAAUUCUGGAAGAGAAUGAAGGACAGGUAAAAAGGCUGCAUCUUGAGCUGGAACAUUUGAGGAAAGUUAUAGAGGAGAAAGAUACAGCUAUAAGGACUCUUCAAGAAAAUAAUCAUCGGUUGUCUAACUCUUUGGCUUCUACAUCUGAAAGUGAAAAAAAAGGACAAGAAGCAGCAGCAUCUGAGAUCAAGCAGACAAAGGAUAGACUCGAUGUUCUUCAGAAAUCUUUAAGAGAAAAAGACCUUCUUAUCAAAUCCAAAGGUGACCAGCUGAAUCCUUUGACUGAAAGUCUGAGAAACAAGGAAAAUGACAAUGAAGUGCUGAAACAAGCAGUGACCAAUCUCAAAGAACGAACGUUGAUUUUGGAAAUGGACAUUCACAAGCUAAAAGAGGAGAAUGACCAAAUAAUGGUGAAGUCCAGAGAGAAAGAGACUGAGUUCAGAGCCUUGCAGGAGACAAACAUGCAGUUUUCCAUGCUUUUGAGGGAGAAAGAGUUUGAGUCAAAUUCCAUGAGGGAAAAGGCAUCCGCCUUGGAGAAAAUGCUGAAAGAAAGGGAGCAGGGUAAAUCGGGUGAAUUAAACCAGUUGUUGAAUGAGGUAAAGUCAAUGCAUGAAAAGGCAGUCAAAUUCCAAAAAGAGAGAGACCAAAUGAUGCUAGCUCUAAAGCAGAAGCAGAUGGAAACAACUGCUAUUCAGAAUGAGUUGCAGCACUUGCGUGACAAGGAGCAGCGGCUAGCACAGGAGCUGGAUCGUCUGCGUAAUCAUCUGAUAGAGAUGGAGGAUUCAUACACCCGGGAGGCUGUUGCUGCAGAGGACCGAGAGACAGAAUUGAGGAGAAAGGUCACAGUCCUACAAGAAAAGCUAGACUCCUCCUCCAGUGCUGUAGAAAGUGCAAGCAACCAAGCAAGUAUGCAAGUGGAAUCAUUACAGGAGCAAUUAAACAUUGUUGUACGUCAGAGAGAUGAAACCUUACUACAGCUGAACAUGUCACAAGAGCAAGUGAAACAGUAUGCACUGUCACUCUCCAACCUGCAGAUGGUGCUAGAACAAUUCCAACAAGAGGAGAAAGCCAUGUAUUCAGCAGAACUGGAGAAGCACAAGAAGGAAAAGGCAGAGUGGAAGAGGAAAGCAGAAAAACUGGGGGACAGUGUGUCAAUCCUGCAGGCGAAUCUGGAUGAAGCCAAGACAGCCCUGGAAUCUGCAUCAAGACUGACUGAUCAGCUGGACCUGAAAGAAGAGCAAAUUGAGGAAUUAAAUAGACAAGUGAGCCUUAGACAGGAGAUGCUGGAAGAUGCUCAGAAUAAGCUUAUGAAUCUUGUGAACAGUACUGAAGGGAAAGUAGACAAAGUCCUAAUGAGGAACUUGUUUGUUGGUCACUUUCACACUCCAAAGAACAAGCAACAGGAGGUUCUCAGGUUAAUGGGAAGUGUGUUGGGACUCAAGAAAGAAGAGAUGGAUGAGCUGAUGGAAGAAGGUCGUGGAGUUACUGGAUGGGUGUCUAGUUGGCUUGGUGGCCGAAGUGCUCAAAGUGUCCCGAACACACCUCUGAGACCAGGGCAUGCAUCCGUUUUAAACAAUUCUUUCUCCGAGUUGUUUGUAAAGUUUUUGGAAGUAGAGUCGAGGCCACCACCGAAGCUGCCUGUGUAUGACAUGAAGCCUUUGAGUGCACCACCACCUGGCAAGCAUUCCAGCAGCACAGCAGCCAGUGCCACAGGUCUUCCUGGAGCAAACAAAAGGAUAGACUUCAAUCCCUUUUUGGCCCCACGUUCAGCAGCUGUGCCUCUCAUGACAACAGCAGCCCCUGGAGCAGGUGGGACUGGCCAUCUUCUGAUGAAGCCCAUCUCUGAUGCCUUGCCUACAUUCACACCUUUACCUGUGUCUGCUGAUGGCAGUGCUGGGGCAGUGCUGAAGGACCUCCUCAAACAGUGAAGGACAGCCAUGCUUCCUUAAACACUUUAUAAGAACAAUGGACACUACAAUACUUAAAAAAAAAAAAAAAAAGUGGGGGCCUUCCUUAAGUUAUCAGAAUCUAGAGUACUGUAUGUGAAUGCAUCCUGUUUCCAAAAAAUCACCAUGAUGUGAUAAGGACUUCACUUGCAAAGUAAUGUCCAAGCCAUUGUUUAAAGGUGAUUAGAGCCCAUAAUUCCUAGGUUCAGAUCCUAGUUCAGUUACUACUUUAAAUUGUAAUCCCAAAGGUCUUUGCUUUUGUGUGCAUAAGUCUCUCUGAGCUUUAAAACUGGGCACAAACAGAUUACUAGCUUGGAAAUGAUAUGACCUUUAACUUGGGCUGUCUUGGCAAUAUUAUAUGUUCUUUGUCUGUUUUUACAACUGCCAUGAUUCAGUAAGAUUAUUUAUUUAUAUCUGUGAUAGUAUUUUUAUGUAAGUUAAUAUUCAGCAACAUAUAUGUGGGAUAUUUAUAUUCUUUGGCACAAGGCACGUCAAAGAUUUGUAGGUUACCACAUCUGGUAAAGCUGUACAGAUGCUUUUUAUUUAAAAUCCUUCUGGUGGUUUAUAAGCAAUUACAGCUACUUUAAAAAAAAAGCAUGUGAUAUAAGCAGUAUAUAAUGUUUGAAACUUAAUUUGAAUAGUAUUACCAGAUGCCCAGCAAUGAAUUGUUAAAAGAAUCCUUUAAAUAUAAAGCACCUUUAUGCCUCAACCAUGAUAUAGAUGGAAGAAUUGAAGAUAUUUCCUGUUUUCAGUUGGCAAUGUUUCACAGCCCUUUAAGAAUCUGGAAAAAACACACAAUCCAUAUGAGUAUUUGUGAAGUAUAAGCUGAAAUCUGUGUGAAGCGUUAGCAGCAAAUAUUAUAAAUGAAAAAUAUGACCACCCCCACUAGAAAGAUGUAGAUACUGUAGGUAUAAACAUGACCAAUGUAAUUGUGUGUGUUCUGUAAAUUUUGUAGUGAUCAGUAAAGAAGGAUUCUACUUUGUACUGCAGCUAAUACUAGUUAUUUAAAGCUGUAGAAUGCAAUCUUUUAUUAUUUCUAAAUAUACUGUCCACAGCAAUGGCUUUGCUGUAGUUCACGCAGUAUCAUUUUUCAUUUGGCUUUCUUGGGUUAAUUUCAGAGGCGGUUCAAAUGGCCAGGUUUGUAGAUAAUGUAUUGAAACAUCUCAGGCGAUUGCCUGUUCCAGUGCGGAUCUUUUUACUUGCUUUUCUUUAUUAUGUAUUUGGUACACCAGAACAUAAUUGGUUAUGUCCCAAUCCAUUUUUUUAUCAUUAUUAUUUAAAAUUGUGCUAAAUUGUACCCUCAAUAGUUAUUCUAUUGUGGAGCUCAUUUGCGGUUGUUGGGUGUUUGCUCACCAAGACACAUGUGUUGCUUUGUUAAAUUGUUGGUUAUUUUAAAGUUAAUUGAUGGCACUACGCUUUAUCACAAUUCUGUAUUUAUGUUCCCAAAAAUGGGGUUGUUCAUUUUUACUCACACUUCUGUGAUGUUAGUGGCUGAAGGUAUUAGGCAAUCUUGUCACUGGAAUCCUGCUUUUUAGUAUAGGCAGACGUCCAGUUGCUUUUAGAAAAUACUUUUAAAUUUUAUAUGUUAAAUGGUUGAGGGGAAGGAAGACCACACAAAACAAGCAUUUUUGUUGAUCUUAUAAAGUUAAUUACAACAAACCAAAAAUAAAUGUAUGACUGGUGAUUCAGAUUGCAGGCAGUCUCCCACAGGGUUUUAUACAUGUAAACUGUAAGUAGCUGGUCAUUGAAUUGUAAGUUGAUUCUUGGUAUUCUAGGAUCCUGUGUGUAAUUAAGCAUCCAACUGCUUUAUUUCAUGUGUCCAAACCAUUUGAUCUGAUAUGGUGGAUAAUGCUACUGGGACUGUGUUGUGUUUUUUUUUUUUUUUUUUUUUUUUUUUUUGUGGUUAUUUUUAUAAUACCAUCAUGUUUAUUUUUCUUUCUUAUAAUUACUGGAAACUAUGUACAGUGUUGUAAGGAACUUACCUAGGCAUUAAAGACAAAAGUAUUAUUUACAUCUAAUGUUAGUAUGUUAUGUUAGAGUAAGAUAUUUUUUGCCUCUGAAAUAUAUAGCAAUUUUCAGAGUUCACUUUGCAGUUACUUAUUUGUGAAUUGCAUUGACAAAGAUCCACCCCUGGAAUAACAAUGAAAACAAACCAGAAUGUCCACUGCAAACCAAGCUUGUUUUUCCAAUUGUUUUUUGUCCAAAUGAGCACUUUGCACAAAAUGUAUUUAAGCUGUGUUUUAUGGAAAGAAAGUACUUGCUCUUGGCACAUUCCUAUUCUGUCAGCUGCAUUUACUAAGUUGCAGGUUUCUACCAAUAAUAUUAAAUGGACGGUGACUUUGGAAAGCAGACAUGAUCUAAAAAGAAAAACAAACACAAGGUCCCCGUUUAUAAAGGUCUGCAUUAAAUGUUUGCUAUGUACGAGCAGCAAAUAUGUAUAAAGAAAAUAUAUUUGCAUAGAAAGACAGUGUAUGGGAUGAGAAUUAAACUUUGCCUUUAAAUUGUGUAAGGUGAUAUAGGUUUUGGUAGCGUUUUACAAGCAGCACUGUAACUUACACUAUUGUUUUAUACCCAGUACCACAAUAAAUAACUCGCUUUUUAGAGGAACGUGUUUGUUUUGAGGUGUUCUGCUCUGAAGCUUCAAUAACAUAAUUGUGCAACAAGUUUCAGAGACUUCGGGACUUGAAACAUUCAGUUUACUCUGUUUUACUACAGCUGCAGUAAACUGUGCCCGAGUAAGUGACCGGAAGUAUACUAUGUUGAAGUUGAUGUCAAGUGUGUUACAGCCCACCUUAUCGGCUCAAUUUUACAAAUGGGGCCUGUAAUAAGGGCUCAUGUCUAACUUGUUGAUGGCGAAUCAGAAAGACCUGUAGUGAUCUAGCCUUGUAAGUCUGUGUGAUUAACUUUUAAAUCCCAACAAAGUAUUAACAUCUACCUUGAAUACACUCAACAUUGCUUACUUCUGUUAACUCAUUCAGGCACAGUUCAAUGCAGCUGAUACAAAGAGUAGAUUAUAAGUGGGCAGCCUCUGAAACUCAAUAACUGGUUUCAUGAUGUUUCAAGGAAGAACUUGAGCUGACCCGAAGCAAAUUAUUUUCUUUAAAAAGUGACUGAUUUAUUAUGGUAUUUUGGGCAUCCAAAAAUAUGCAAUGAACAGUUCCAUUUAUUUAACUCCCUACUGUCAAUAACUGUGUUUGUUAAUGUAUAGUAUAAUUGAUAUACAGAAUUAAUUGAACAGUUCAUAAUGCCAUAUGUAGUAUGUAUUAAGCUUCAGGUGUAAUUAUUGGGUGACAGUAAUACUAGAAAGCUGAAGAAUCCUAUCUUGAUAUGUGUACAUAAAAUUAAAUCUUUUUUUGCAUAAGA